GCGCGUCUAGCAGUACACAUGGCAACCGCUGCUAGAGACCCAAGCUUAGACCCACUGUUUAGCUGCGCUUUGGCACACAGCUAACGCUACUGUGCUAGCUCGUGCACGGAGGUUUCACCAAACCUGUAAUGGCUUUCUGCACCUCUGAGUACUUCGAAACUGUUGGAUCUAUUCAGAAGAGUAUACACGAAAGGGAAAAAAGAAGGCAUGAGUUGGAGGAAGAGUUGUUCACCUACUCAAGAUCAGAAGAAAGACUGGCAAGGAUAAAAUGCACCAAUAUGCGUCAUUAUUAUCAGGAACUGUGUAAGAGAGAGCAGCAAGCAAAGACCCGUAACCUUGAGCUUCUGAGAAGUGCUGAGAGCAUGGUGUUAAAAGCAAAGGAAUUCUCACUAGACUACACUGUACUGCAACACUUGAAGCAGGAAUGUAAACAUCGCAUUGCAAGGCUUCCGGAGGAGAGGAAGAAGAUGAGGGAACACGAAAGAGGACUUGAAGCACAAAAGACAGUGUCGGACAGACAGGAAUCGGAAGAUGAAUACAACGUGCAGUCAGUGAUAUGGGAACAAAGCGGGUCUCUUCCUCUCAGCACCAGGCGGACAUCGCCUCAACCUGCUAUCACCUUAAUGGGUUGGCAACCCCUCAAAGACACUUUGGUGGAGGACGGCAUCAUGAGCACACAUUCACUGAUAGAGCCAAAACCUAAUCACCCUUCAUCUUCUUUGCUACAAAGCAGCCCUUUUAUGAACGCCCCAGUUUCAAAAGCCAGCGGCAACAAAUCUUUAUCUGAUGACAUUCUAAACUCCAGUGAUUUCCCUGAAAGGCAGCCGGUGUUUGAUUGUGAUUCAUUUAUGAGAGAAGUAGAGGUGUGUGGGUCAGAACAGCUGGCUUCUACACACGUGACCUUGCAGGCAUCUGGAGUGUGCUCUCAUCACGGAAGUGCGAGCAGGCCAGAGAGCAGUGCGUCACCACAACACCAUCCCAGCCAAAGUGCUUCCCCAGAUGCCAUUCACACAACAGACUCCUCUGUGUGCAGGAACUCUAGAGAGCAAGCAGAGCCUGAGUCAGCACAUCAUCAUACACCCAUUCCAGAUUACAGUAAUAGCAGAAGUUCCAGUAAUGGUAGUUCUGAAGCAGAGGUCACAUCUUCACUUAACUCCAACAGAGAUGUUCCGGUUUUACAUGAUGAUGAUGAUGAUGAUGUCCAUGAGCAGCACACAACCAUGAAGAGUUUCACACCCAUUCACAAGAGAGGAAAGUCUAAAAUUGGAGUGGAUGAGGUUGAAGUGGAACCUCUUUUCCCAAAGCCAAAACAUAGAAUGUCACUGGAGGAAUUCUUUUAUCUGCUGGACAGCAUUGAGGAGCGACUGCCUGCUAGAGACAGCGAUCUGUACGGUAGCUCUGCUGUCAGUGAACGGAAGCUGAGAGAUAUUAUUAGCCUGUGUAGUCAGCGUGGUGAGCUGAGAGGAGUGGAGCUGAGUGUGUGUGGAGCUGUGGUUCUGCAACAGUUGCCUUGGUUAUUAUGGAACUCACCGUACGGCUGCCUGCUACACAGCGACCUGGUCAGCACACACUGGUCCACUGCAGUAGAUUCAGCACACAUCAGGUUGUGUCUGUCUGGUGAUGGCGUUGCUCUGUGGGAGCGCUGGUUCACACACGCCCUUCAGCUGCUGCAGCAGGAGGUUCUUUCCCUCAACAGCAUUGUGCAGCUCUUCACUCCGCUCCUAGUGCACUACAAUGCCUCCUACGCAGACAAGGCCGAAGUGCUGCUGAAGAGGCUUUUGACCCAUGCGGCUGAGACUCAUCACUCAGCAGAGAGUGAGGACUCCUCAUCCUGCAGCUUACCCUCGCUUUUAAAUGACAGCGCUGAGAUCAAACUGGCCAGACCCUCCAAGAAAUCCAUCAGCUCCACUGGAGAACAAAGUGAUGAAGAGGACAGCACCAACCAAAGCCCCGUGGAAAGUAUUCCUAUUAGAGAGACAAAAGCAUAUCAGCUGCUUAAACAGUCAGUUACACAAGAGAACCAGUGGCAGAACGCACAGAAGGAGGAGGAAGAAGAUGGUUCUGACUUGGAUCCAUCAGGUUUAUCAGAUAAUGAAAAAACAGGAAGUAGCAAGAGGCUUAUUCAAGACAUGCGGAAUGAUCCAAAGAAGAAAACCCAGGCGUUCUCUGCUGUUCAGUCAAAAGCUUUUUGGGGCGAUUCAGAUGACACCAACUCUGACAUUGAAAUGGCCUUGCGUCCUCGAUCCCACAACACUAAUAACAGUGACUUUGAUGACUUUUACGAUUAGGUUUUAUUUGUGCCAAGCGACCGCGCUAUCUCGUUUGUUUUUCACCUGACCCUAUGCUGUAACUGUCCUUCAAAAAAUAAAUAAAAACAAGUCUUUUACUGAGGAA